GGAGGUCCACCAUUACUCUCCUUCCUGUUAGGUCACUCUAGGGAGGCAUGGGUUGCUUUUUGGUGAGUGUUUCUCUUUAAGUCAAGGUGUGCAAACCACUGUAGCCACACCCACAUGCCAGCAUAAUGUUUUGCUCAUCAUUCCCACAGCAACUAACUGUUGUUGCUUCCUGGUUUAUACCAGGAAGCAACAUUUAGUUUCUCUUUCUAAGGACGGAGUUACACAGAGACAGAUUACAGGAUACAAAACACACAACUUUCACUGACAAAGAGGACAGAAGAAGAAGGGGAUACUCGGAAUACUGUGAUACUGCUACUUCCACUGGUUGCAAAAGUCUUAUAGAAGAGAGACGACUCCAAACCAAGGUCAAAAGCUGUGUGUUGGUGUACUGUCUUCUUAACGUCUCUUAGAAAUGGCUGCUCGGCUGUCAGAGUCAGAGUUGAAUUAUUCUUGUCCAAUCUGUCGAGACAUCUUCAGAGAUCCUGUUUUGCUGACAUGUUGCCACAGCUUCUGUAAAGACUGUCUGCAGAACUGGUGGGCAGAGAAACUGAUUCGCGAGUGUCCAGUUUGUAAAAGAAGAUCUUCAAAAAGUGACCCACCCCGAAACUUGGCCUUAAAGAACCUGUGUGAAGCCUUUGUACAAGAUCUUUCUCUUGCUUCUGCAAGAUGUGAGGCUAUGUGCAGUCUGCACUCAGAGAAACUAAAGCUCUUUUGUCUGGACCAUAAGCAGCCAGUGUGUGUUGUCUGUCGAGAUUCAAAAACACACGUUAAGCACAGAUUCAGACCCAUCGAUGAAGCCGCACAGGAUUACAAGGCGGAGCUCAGGAAAUCCCUGAAGCCUUUACAAGAGAAAGUGGAGCACCUCCAUCAAGUUAAAUUUAACUUUGAACUAACACAGUCACACAUCGUGGGUCAGGCUCUGGACACAGAGAUGCAGAUUAGGGAAGAAUUUAAGAGGCUUAAGUGUUUUUUAGAAAAAGAAGAGGGGGCUAGGAUCACUGCACUGAAGGAGGAAGAGGGGCAGAAGAUCAGGGUGAUGGGGCAGAAGAUUCAGGCUCUGAGCAGAGAGAUCAAGGCUCUCACAGACACAAUCAGAGCCACAGAGAAGGAGCUGAAUAGUGAAUGCAUCCCAUUCCUGCAGAAUUACAAGGCUGCAGUGCAAAGAGUCCAGCAGCGCCCCCUGCUGGCUGAUCCAUCACUGGGCCCAGGAGCACUCAUAGAUGUGGCAAAACACCUUGGCAAUCUAACCUACAACAUCUGGAACAAGUUGAAGGAGACGGUUACGUAUUCUCCUGUGAUCCUGGAUCCAAACACAGCAUGUCCUUACCUUGAUGUUUCUGAUGAUCUGAAAAGUGUGACCUACAGAGAUAGUGAGAGAGCGCUUCCACAAAACCCAGAAAGAUUUACAUGCUACCCCACCGUCCUUGGAUCGGAGGGCUUUAACUCAGGGACUCACAGCUGGAAUAUUGAAGUUACAAAUGAUGCAGAUUGGGCAGUGGGUGUGGUAGCAGAGUCUAUUGUGAGGAAGGGAGAGAUUCUGACUGGAGACUGGGAAAUCUGGUUUAAAAAUGGUGAAUACAGAGCGUACUCUCCACCACAUACAGACAAAGUUCUCCCAGUGAAGAACCAGAUCAGGAGGAUCAGAGUGCGUCUGGACUGGAACAGAGGAAAGCUGUCAUUCUCUGACCCAGAUACCAUCACAGACAUAUACACCUUCUCACAGACUUUUUCUGAGAGGCUGUUUCCAUUCAUUAACACACUAGAUACCAAGCCACCGAGGAUAAUACCUGUGAAAGUCACCACAAAGUUGGAGGUGUAGAUGAUUAUGUUAAUCAAGGUAAUUAUUAUCUGGAUGAUUACGAUGGUGAGAUGCAUAUUUCCGCUUGCUUUGCUACUUAUUUUGUUGAAUCCCCACAUUCACAAUAUGUCAACUAUGCUACUCAUCAACUUAUAUGUGCGUUCCUAUUUGUGUGAUUGGAACAAUAUUUGUUGAUUUUGUUAUGAACUGGAGCUUUGCAAGUCAGUAGAGAAUGCAUGACAUGUUUUGUGUCAUCAUAUAAAGAGUGCAGACUUAACACCCUGAGUUGUUAAGCUCAGAACAUGUUUUAGCAUAAGUAAGUGAUAGAAAAGAUAACGUGUCUCUGUCAAAUCAAACCUGCCGCUGUGUUUUAUUUGCACGCAUUUACUAAAGUUCCCGCAUUUUGCCAUCCUGAAUGAUAAACUGAAAUGAGUAAGCAAAUGAGUUGCUUUUUGUAGGAUGCCACACAUGAACACAUUUGUACUAAAACUCGACAAUUCAAAUUUCAAUUUAUUUUACAGAUUUAAAAAUGUGUAAAACAAUAAAUGACAAAUAAAAUCAACUGAUAGAUCAUUUCCAGUGUUCUCAAGUGGAAACCUGUGUAAUUAGAUUCAAUUGCAUAUAUAAUGGUCUGUCGCCUAUAAAUGUUUUGAAGUGUUUUGUACACAUUGAUUGCUAGAGAAUUGUCGUGUUUAUACAGCAAAAUCAAUUAAAAUAAAAUGUAAAGAACAAAAACAUACAAGGGAAUAUGAAAUAGACCAUUUUUAAACUGGCAGACAAUGUGCUAGCUAAAAUGGACAUUUCAGUUGGACUUGUGUAACUACUUAGAACAAUUUUCAUUGGUAAAUUUAGAGUGAAUUAAACUUUAGUGAAUCAUCAUUUAUAAUGAUGACAAACAAUGAAAUGGUUUACAAAUGAUUUAUUAAACAACUGUUAACCGUAAAGUUGCAACUGAUGUUGAUCAUACUCUGUAAAUGUUUCAUAAAUACUGUAUAGUUUGUCUUUAAGCAUUAGAUGGUCAUUAUGAAGCUACAACCAAUGUUUAUAAACAGUGUAAUAACCACUGAUCAAAGUUUGAUUAACUGUAACUUUUUUUAACGAUGGUUCUAAUAAAGUGUUAAUUGGACUUUGGCUUUUGAUUUUGAUUUGUCAUGGGAGCUUUAGCCACUGCCUAAUACCUGAAAUGUGUCAACAGUAGUCAUGACUAACACACAAUAACUUAUUCAUGACAAUCUGACCGCUGUGGAGGCUCUACUUGACCACACUCUGCAGAGGAAGUAUG